AUGAAAAACGAGAAGAGUUGUGGUAAAGGAAGCAAAACUUCCAAUGUAGAAAGGUGGAAACAGGCAAACAGAAGAAAAUUUCACAAUUUAUUGACACAUGAAACUCAACGAAAUGUUUUAGUCCCGUUACGAAAGUUUCCUUUCCUUCUUUCGCAUCAAAUUACUGCAAAUGAUUUAAGAUUCUUGUUCACUUUACUACAAUGUUGGGUUGGAUGA